GAGUGGCAAAUGCCCUUUUCUUCUGACCAUCCGAACCAUGGCUAUGUUGGAAUUAACCCUAAUCACUCUGCCAUGUGAGCCCGAUUCAUGAACACUCAUCUACUCCUCUUGAUCUCUCUUUUCCCCUUUCGUUUGCUCUUUCUCUUUCUACAGUGCCAGAGCUCCUUCCUUCGCAUGCCAGACAUGGAGGAAGAAUUGCAGAAGCGAAACACGGAUUGCGUCUAUUUCUUGGCUUCUCCUCUUACCUGCAAGAAGGGAAUCGAGUGUGAGUAUCGGCAUAGUGAGAAGGCUAGGCUCAACCCAAGGGACUGCUGGUACUGGUUCUCUGGGAACUGUGUUAAUCCAACAUGUGCUUUUCGGCAUCCCCCAUUGGAUGGGCCUUCUCAACAGCCAGCUGAAUCUACUACAUCUAAGUACCAGAGUUCUACACCAGUGAAUAAGACUGGCACUCCUUGUUUUUUUUACUUCAAUGGUUACUGCAAUAAAGGUGACAGAUGCCCUUUUUUGCAUGGUCCUGAUGGUAGCUCGGCAGCAGGGAAACCUUUGCGGCUUGAAGCCCUACCUUCAGAAAAUAAGUUAACCACAGGAAAAAACGACAAUGGAUCAGCUCCAACUGAAACAAAAUACAAUCAGUCUGCAACUGCUCAAAAACCAACUAUGGACAAGAACGUUCAAAUGCAGGACUUUCAGAAAUCAGCCUUUAUAAAUAUGCCACAGAAAAGUAUCUCUCCGCAGAUUUCUGAGUCCAAAUUUGAAGAAGCUGCUAGAGUUAAGUCAAUUUCCUUGCUUCGAGCAGAAAGCAUUACUCAAAUAAAAUCUAAUAUGUUCACAGAUCAGAGUUCAGAAGAUCAAGUCGAUGAUCAUGCUGAACCAGAAGAGCGAUUGGAUUUGUCCCCAGGUUUUGAUGUUCUUGUGAAUAACAAAAUGGAGAAUUUGGAUUAUGAGGAUGACUCAGAGUAUUUGCUUGCCCUUGAUGGGGAGCACAGGGAGGGUUUCUUGGGUUAUGAUCAGGAUGUGUAUGAUACUUAUGAUCACUUAGAUAAUGAGCAUGUUUUUGAUAAUGUUAGAAGACCAUCUGGCCACUUGAGAGAGAGAAUACCGGAUUCAGUAUUUUCCCAAAAGAGAAGAAAACUCUUGCCAUAUGAACUGCCAAUUGAUGUACGGAUUGGUAUGGACCUUAGGGAGCAUUUGAUGGUGCGCAAAGGAAUUGAUGAACGUCCAACUAGCCAUUUAUCAAGACGGCAUGAAUCUUCUCGUCUGAUUGGUCGAAUUCAGGGAAGGCGUCAAAGGCACAGUGUACCCAUAUCUCAGCGAUUGCAUGGAAGAUUGGCAUCACAAGGGGAAAUUGAAUCACUUGUAAACAAUGGUAAUUUUUCAAAUGGCUAUGAACAGCGUGGCUGGCACAGGCUCAUGGACUCUAGUAUCUCUAGGCAGCAUUAUAGGGAAAAAAGGAUGGCUAAACGGCAGUCCAGUUCAUACGAGGUUUCAAGGAAGAGGAGAUCUCCUGAAGCAUAUGUUGCUUUUUCAGGACCUAAGAGCCUUGCCCAGAUUAAAGAAGAGAAGAAGAGAGCCGAAGAAAAUGGUGGAAAACUUACGGUAGAUUUUGAGGGUCCAAAGCCGUUAAGUGAAAUUCUCAAGGAAAAGGAGAUGCAUCAUGCCGUGUAGAAAUGUAAGGGACUAAGAUUCUAGAAGAAUUUAGAAAGGAAACGUUAAGAAUGUUUUGAAGAUGAUAGGAAUGAUGAUUAUUAGCGCAGAGAAAACUUCUAACUAUUCUGAAGACUUAAUGACAAAUUUGGUUUAGGUACAGCCUCCUGGCAUAUUUCUCCUACGUUAUGUUGGUGUGUUGUUAAAUUGCUCUUGGAUCAAAUUAUUUUUGUUAUUGCUACGUAAGGGUUCCAUAGGUUGGAUUUUGUGAAGAGGUCAACGAGGUAGUAAUUUUUUAUAAAUUUCUUAAUCUCAA